AUUUGCAGCUCUGCCUCUGCAUAUGUAGGUAGUGUGUUGUCGAUCUUUGCGAGGGUAAGUAGUGAGCUAUUAUAUCUAUCGCAGUUCAGAAGACGACGACGACGACAAAACCAUCUUCUUCUCAUUACAAUUUGCAAACCUGGAUGCUUCCUAGGGUUGAAUACGCGAACCAUACAAAAGAGUGCUUUCCCAUCCCAAUCCGGUGUGGGUUAGAUUGAUGGUGGAGCAGACGACGACGACAGCGAAGAAGACGACAAGCAACGCGUUAGCAGCUCUAUCUAGCAUAACAUAGGAACUUAUAGCGCGAGAGUGAAAAGUAUUGGCCCCCUCUUUCCCAUCAGCAGUGCAGUGCAGAGUAGUGUGUAUUAUUAUUUCUCAGUCGGUCAGUGCGAGCUUGGCCGCGACAUCGCAUCGCCAACCUUAUACUGAAGUGAAAAUUAUUGUGCGGUGACUUCAUUCGGAGCAGAAAUCGAAUCGUGGUUAGAGGUUUCGAUACUUGGGCCCCACGAACAAAAAUGGACACCACCGAUGUGAUUCUGCGGUACCUGUAUUUGGGGACCACCCAGCCGUACUACAUCUAUAAAAGCAAAUCCCUGGACGUCGGUUUGGGACGAUUGGUUUUGGAACCGAUUAAAAUCCUGGUGCAAGCGGCUAAGAACCCUGAUGAUCUGGAGCUGCGUGCAAAAGCCGAAAAGAUAUCGCUCCGGGAAGAACCCGUGGACACGAUCGUGAGGGCCAUAAACAGUGGAUCCCUGCCUCGCCGCGAUGAGUGCCUCUUUACGUUAGCCUACCUAAUCCGUACCUACACGAAACCCGAGGAAAAGCACAGAGUGUACAGGGUUUUACCCAACUUGAUUGCAGAGGGAAAAGAAUUGUUUCAGUUCGUGCAGUUCUACCAAGUUUUGGCAGAACCAAAAGAAACAGGUUUCGGGAAUGGCAUGAGGAAAGCUCUCACAAAGUGGUACGACAGACACACGGCCGACGAGUUGGCAAAGCUGUUGGUAACGGAUCGGGGCGCGUAUGGAUGGACUCACAGGGACAUCCUGCGACAAGCACACGUCCAGUUGGCAGACACCGCUAAGACGCAAGUGUUGUUGAUCGUAAAAGGUCCUGGCACAUUGGAAAAAUUCAGAAAGACUGAGUAUACAGGAAAAUACGUCGACGCUGUGUAUGGUGCACUAGAGGUCGAGAGCGAAGCCCUAACAAUGUUCAAUCAAAUGAAGAAAUUCAAAGCAUUGGAUACUGCAGACAAGGCUUGCAAUGGCAUUACAGAGCAACAGUAUCCGUUUGAGCUGGUCCCUGUGCCGUUGCUUCGAUCAGCGGCCGUGUGGGAGAGUCUGUUCCCGCGCUUGCCCUAUCGUGACAUUUUAAGGGCCGCAGUACUUCUUCAGGAUUUUAGGCUUCUGAAAGAAAACGACUCGCCACUGUCCGUCGCAUACGGCAAUGUGUUGAAUCGGAUGACAUCGGUACGAGAGUCCAGGCUUCACCCGAUCGUCAUCUAUCGGUUGAUGCGCCUGUUCGAGGAACGACAGCGGUAUCACAAUGCGGUCAAGGAAGCCAUUCACACGAGCAAUAAUUUGACCUUGAAAAACAGCAAAGCCAAUCCGACGGUGUUGAAGCAGUUCUACGCUGUGCUGAAUGAAUCGAUGCUGAACUACGAGCGGACGGGACUCCGGUUCCUGGUGACGCUGGAUCUGAGAUCGAAGCAAUCGAAGAAACGCGUAUUCGGCAAUCGGCUCAUGUCCUGCCAAGCGGCGUACAUUCUGCUGACCCUACCGAUAGUCAAGCGUGAACCGCACGUGACGGUUUUGUCGUUUACCGAGCAACCGGAAGAACUGAAAAAAGUAAACCUUAGCCGGGAGAUGGAUUUCUUCAAGGCGUGCGACCACAUCCAAAAUGCGGCCGUCAAAAAGACCAACGUCAAACUGACGCGCCCGAUUGAGUACGCCGAAGAGAACAAGAUGCCCGUGGACGUGUUCAUCACGAUCGUCGACUCGCUGAUACGCGUGAAUCCGAAACGUCGAUCGCCGGUGGUCAAGCUGAACGCGUACAAUAAGGCAAUGAAGCAGAAGGCUCGAUUUGUCAUUGUCAAUUUGAGCCGCCACAAUCGGGAUCUGGAACACGACGAUAUGAAUUCCACUAGCGGAGUGCUGGAGUUGGCCGGUUGCGCCGAAGAUGCACCGAAACUGAUCGAUGCCUACGUAAAGCGCCACUUUACGUAAACUGCAUCUUGGUCGGUCUGUAUUGGAUGAAUGCUGAAAUAUCGUCAAGUGUAAGUACCCAAGAAAAUCCAAGCAUGGAUUUGAAUUUGGAUCAUGGGUAUUGAACGGGAACGAGGAUAUCCCAGUAGAUUUGUUUAUUUUUUUUUCUAUAAUUUGCGCUAUGUGGUAGGGUAUUUCGAUGCACGAGACCUCAUGAUUGAAUUCACAUAAAUCUCUGUGCAUCAUAUAAUUAGAAUUAGAGCCAAAUUUCAAUCAAAGGUGAAUCAAUGUUCAAACAAGGUAAAAAUUGUUAAAUAAAUUACAUUGGAUAUCCCGAUUAGCCUUCUUCUGAAAAAGUACCAUUGAUUAAGAUUUGAAAUGUGUAACUCAGUCUAAUUAGUCAUCGAUACAUGAUACAAUCCCAUAUAGCAACAUAAUAGAACUUUCAUCUAAAAGAGAAAAAAAAAUAACACAUUACCUAAUACUACUGAA